UUCCUCCUCUUCUUUCAUGUUUCGACUAAGCGUCUGUCUAGGUUAUAUUUUAGAUUUAACUUGUCAACACGUGUUGUGAAAAGAUAUAAAGAAAAUAGUAAUUUUGUUUAUAAAUUAGAGUGAAAAAUGUCUGUUUGGCAGCGGGUGGCCAAACCCACAACACGAAAAGGUAAGAGAGUGUUAUUAAAGAAAGAGCCGCAAGUGAUCGAGGGGCCUAAGAGAGCCCUAUUUUUUCAAGGAAGAAAAUGCUCGGAGAAAGUGAGAUGUUUGUUGAACGACCUCUAUGAUUUCAAAAAGCCCGAUGCACUUAAAUUGACUAGGAAAAACGAUAUUACAGUUUUUGAAAAUGCCAAGCCUGUUGAAGACAUAUGUAGAAAACACGAAACUCCUCUUUUUAUGUUGGGUUCACACAGCAAAAAACGGCCAGAUAAUCUAGUCGUAGGUAGAAUGUUCAAUUAUAAUUUACUAGAUAUGAUAGAAUUAUAUGUAGAAUCUUAUGAAGGCUUAAAAGAAUUCGCUGAAUCCAAAAUCACCCUUGGCACAAAACCCUGUCUUAUAUUCAAUGGACCUCUUUGGGAUCAAAUGGAUGAACUCAAACAGCUGAAAAACUUGUUUAUAGACUUUUUUCACAGAGAAUGUGUGGAGAAUGUUAGGCUGCAAGGUAUCGAACACAGUAUCAGUUUUAAUGCUACACCAGAUGGAAAAAUAUUGCUCAGGUCCUACAGGAUUUUAUUGAAAAAGUCUGGAGUGAAAACACCGAGGGUGGAACUGGAAGAAAUUGGUCCCCGUGUAGAUUUCACUCUCAGACGAUCAAAACUUCCUGACGAAGACCUCAUGAAAGAAGCAUGUCGCAAACCUAAAGAACUUAAAGUUAGUAAAAAGAAAAAUAUCAGUACCGAUGAAUUGGGUAAUACACAUGGUAGAAUACAUCUUGGCAAGCAGGAAAUUAGAAAAAUACAAACUAGGAAAAUGAAAGGUUUGAAAAAGACUGCAGCUGAAAGGAAGGCAGAGAAAGUGAAGAUGAUUAAGGCAAUGCGAGAACAAAAUGGAACAAAUGAAAAUUAUCGAUAGUAGUGUCUCAAAGGUGUAUCAUCUUUGUUGAAGUUGUGGUGUUGCCAUUUUUAAUUUAUGCCUCUCUAAUUUUUUCUUAAUUUCUACAACUAUUGUUAAAAUUUCCAGGAUGCGUAGUACUAGCAAAUGAUAUUGUUAUCAAUAGCAAUUUUUAGAUUGAUUGCACUUAUUGCAUUUAAGACUGGCCCGUAUAUUUUAUGCAUUAGCCAGUUGUAUGUACAGUAACUUUAUUUAUAUUAUUCGUUUUAAAGACCAUUUUUAUAUCUAUAGGGAGUUCUGCAAGAGCUACAAUAUCAUACAGUUUUAAUACUUUUACAUAUUCUAAGUAUACAAUUUCUUCAAUUUUUAUAUUGGGCUAAUUCCGCCAUCUUCGUCUACAUACAUACUGCUGAAGAUUUAUCUUAUGCUACCCUUUUACUAAUACCGUUUUUUGUUUGUUAUGUCAUACAAAGCUGAGUUUUGUCUAAAUAAAGGAAUAACUGUAAAUAUAGGUUAUGGUGACUUUCCUAAGUACUAUGGGCCAUUCCACGAACAUACGCCUGUUUAGGAUUACUUCGACAACGAAUAUUUUGCUGUGCAACAUAAGAAGUAAGAAAGUAAAUGGCGCUAAUAAUUAUUCCAAUAAACAACAAUGUAAUUUGCAAUUUACUUUCGUUCUUCUUAUUUUGCGCAGUAAAAUAUUCGUUGUCGGAGUAAUCCAAAACAGGUGUAUGUUCGUGAAAUAGGGUAUAAAAGUUAUUUUCAUGUUUUAACAUUUGCUCAUCUGUAACUAUUUUGAAUCCAUAAAUGUUGGUGUAUUUGGGGUAGUUAGGCUGUGGUGUGGAGUUGUUUCUGUCUGACGUUUUAUCUACAAUUAUUUGCAGAAAUUGGCGAUGCAGGAGCUGAUGUAGAUAUAACCUCAUCUAUCUUCUGUACUUACUAAUAUAAUGCUGUUUGCAGUAUUUUUGUGUUCCCAUGAUCUAUCGCUUAGCCUUCUUCUUUUUGUGUAGAUAUGACUCUGUUUUUUUUUCAAUGUGACUCCAUUAACAUUCAUGGACACGACUGCAUAAUAAUAUGCAGACACUUACUGCAUAUAAAGACGUAUCUGUAUCUGAAGCGUGUCCGCGAAUGUGUUAAGUUGUCAUUCCAUCGUUUUUGUGGUCUUCCCUCUGAUUGUCUUCCUAUUAGUAUUAGAAACCGUCUCUCGCCGUCCUUACUACUCUAUUUGUUGUCAUUCAGUUUAUGUGGUCGUUCCAUUCUACUCUUCUGUUUUUUACCCAGUUAUUAAUGUUGUCCACCUUGUAUCUCCAUCGUAUAUCUUUAUUUCUAUCUCUAUCCCAUAGUGUUUUAUCAUCGAUUUUUCGAAGGGUUUUCAUCUCUGCUGUUUCUAGUAUUCUUUUUGUCCUCUCAGUAUCAGGACGUCUUUCUGCCACAUAUAUAUCAUUAUUGGUCUGAUGUCUGUUUUGUAAAUUCUGCCUUUCAUUUCUUUUGUGAUAUUUUUAUUUUUCUAUAUUGUUUCAUUCAGACAACCAGCGACUCUGUUUGCUGUAUCCACUUGAUUUUCCAUUACCAGCUUCAAUUGAGUCAGUUAGUUCUUCUACUUUUACUCUGUUGUUCUGGUAGAUAUUUUCGAUCGUUUUAAUUAUCCCUAGAGAUACCUUUCUUGCGUACAAUAAAUUGAUGACAUCCUUUAAUUUUACCCUGUCAAAUGCCGUCUUAAGGUCCACUAAACAUAAUAGUCCGUUCUUUAACGGUAAAAUAUUGCAAAACCACUAAAUUUUAAAGAACCGCUUGGAUUGACAUGCCAUUUGGCAUACACAUAGCUAACAAGUCAAAGAAAAAAAGUGAUAUUGUGCCGAUAUGUGCUUUUGCCCUGGGGGUGGUUUUCACCCCCACUUGGGGGUGAAAAAAUAUUCGUCCAAAAAAAGUCAGGAAAUGGAUAAACUGGCUAAUUUUAAGUAACUUUUGUUCUAUAGAGUUUUUUCACUAAGUCAAUACUUUUCGAGUUAUUUGGCAGUGAAUAUGUUCAUUUUUUCAACAAAAUAACCACGCUUUUAGACGGUUUUUCGCAAAUAACUCAAAUAGUAAGUAUUUUGUCGAAAACACAUUGUUAGCAAAAAUAUAGCUUGUAAAAAAUUUAAAAAAAUGGUGUAUACAUCACGUCUCUACACGUAGUAGAAGCAGAGUUAUAUCUAAUGAAAAAUAGGUUCAUAUUCGUCAAAUUCCAAAUGGAAUACUUUAACGUAAAAUAACCAAAAACGAAGCACAUUUCGGGGAAAAAUCAUUACAACUUAUUUAAAGUGUUUAAAAAAGCUUCAUUUUUGUUUUAUAAAAAAAAAUUUCUAGCAUCAAAAUUAAACAAGUUACGCUCAAAAUAAAGUUAGACCCUUUUGGUUUUGGUAAAAAAAUCGAGAAAAUCACCCCCUAAUUAGUAUCUUAAAUGAACUUAAUCGUUACGACUUCACAAGUUUCUUGACUCGUGUAUAUAUUGUUUAUAUGAUCUGUAAGUUUCAUCGGUUCAAAGUCCUUACGAUUGAAAGGGCUGUAGUUAAAAGGGGUUGAACGAGUCACUGAUCACGAAUGUAUGCAAAUUUAGAAACACCAAAUCUUAAUCAAUUUUUGUCUAACAGUAAAACAAAAAAAUACAUGAUAUCCAGAAAAGCAAAUCUGACUUUUUUUAUUUUUGGAGAUUUUUGGUAUCUCUAACAAUUUUCAAGUUAUUUUGAAAAAAAGCAUAUUUUUCAAAAUUUAAAUUUUUAAAAAUUUUAUUUUGAAACCAAAUUUUUUCAAAAAUAAGCACUUUGAAUCGAUGAAAUUUGCAGAUCAUAUAAACACAACAUAAGUAUAAUAAUUUGUGGAGCGGUAACGAUUAAUUUCAUUUAAGUUGCUAAUUAGGGGUUUGUCUUCCCGAUUUUUUUUUUGCAAAAACAAAAGGGACCAUCGUUAUUUUGAGCGUAACUUGCUUAAAUUUAAUGCUAGAAACUUUUUGUAAAAAGAGAAAUAAAGCUUUUUUUAAACACUUUAAAAAAGUUAUAAUGGGUUUUCCCCAAAAAGUGCUUAAUUUUUUCGAUAUUUCACGACGAAAUAUUCUAUUCGAAAUUGGGUGAAUAUGAAUCUAUUUUUCAUUGACUAUAAUUCUAGUUCUACGAGAUCCAGAGACCUAACGCGUACACCAUUUUUUUUACUUUUUUAUAGGCUAUAUUUUUGUUAAAAAUGUUUUUUUCGACAAAAUACUUACUUUUUGAGUUAUUUGCGAAAAACCGUCUAAAAAUGUGGUUAUUUUGUUGAAAAAUGAACAUAUUCACUCGCAAAUAACUCGAAAAGUGUUGACUUGGCGAAAAAGCUCUAUAGAACAAAAGUUACUUAAAAUUAGUUAGUUUACCCAUUUCCGGACUUAUUUUGGACGUAUAUUUUUUCACCCCCAACAGGGGGUGAAAGUCACCCCCAAGAGGGGGUGAAAGUCACCCCCAGGGAACAUAUUCACUCGCAAAUAACUCGAAAAGUGUUGACUUGGCGAAAAAGCUCUAUAGAACAAAAGUUACUUAAAAUUAGUUAGUUUACCCAUUUCCGGACUUAUUUUGGACGUAUAUUUUUUCACCCCCAAGAGGGGGUGAAUGUCACCCCCAGGGCAAAAGCACACAUCGGCACAAUAUCACUUUUUUUCUUUGACAUGUAAGCUAUACGUAUGCCAAAUUUCAUGUCAAUCCAAGCGGUUCUUUAAAAUUUAGAGCAAAAACCGUGAAGGAAUGGACUAUAAAUAUGCCGGUUUGAUAUAUUUUAAUGACAUUUCUUGAACUUACCCUUUAUAAAUAUAGCGUCAGUGCAUGAUCUUCCCGACCUAAAACCUUGUUGUUCUUCUGCUAAUGUUAUAAUUUUAUUCACUUUGUUUACAUUUUGGUUGUUAAUUUUAAUGUUGUGUUUAAUAAAUUAAUUCCUCUGUAAUUUUCCGGGUCCGAUUUGUUUUCCUUUUUGAAGAGGGGUAUUAAGAUGCUUCGAUCUCCAUUCUUGUGGUAUUCUGUUUUGUAUAUCAUUUUUUGGAUCAGUUUUAAUAGCUGUUUGGUUAGAUCUUGUCCUUUAGUUAGGAGUUCAUUUGAUAUUCUGACCUCUUCUGGUGAUUUUCUAUUUUUUUACUUGCCCAAUAUAUCUGUUUCUUCAAUGUUUAUUUCUUCGUUUGUUAUCACUUCGGUUGUUAGUGGUUCAUUAUCGUCACCUUUAGCAAAUAGAGAUCGAAAGUACUCUGCCCAUGUUUCCUUUAAGAUGCGUUUCAUUUUUAUUAGUUCAUUCAUCUCUUUUCUUUGUCCUGUGAUCAUUCUUAAUAUUUCCUUUUGUUCCGCAGAAGUCGUGUUCCAGAAGUGUUUCGUUUCUGAUUCGUUUAUAGUGGUUGUAUGCCUGUUGUGUUUGUUUUGUCUGUAUUGUAAACAGGUUUUCUUUUCUUCACAUUUUAUCUUCACUUCUAUAUAUGUCAUAAGUGAAAAUUAUCAUUAAUAUCUAAUAGCCAUAGUCUUAUUUCUCAGUUACCAGUUAAUAAAAUAAUCUGGUAUUUAUACAGGGUGUCCCAAAAGUAGUUAGA